UCUUAAUAUCAUAUUCCAAUUUCCUCUUUCUUUCUAUUUCAACACUUGUGAUUUAUAAUUGUACCCUAAUUUGUCCUUCAUGGCCUCACAACUUGGAACAAAAACUAUUGGAAGCUCACCAAACAAUUUCGAGGUUGAGAUCCCUAUCCAUGCUAAUAGUUCUCUCAAAGUUGAAAAAGAGAGCAACAACAUUGAUUACUUUCAAAGGGCACAAUGGCUUAGAGCAGCCAUGUUAGGAGCCAAUGAUGGACUAAUCACCGUUGCGUCGUUGAUGAUUGGUGUUGGAGCUAUAAAAGAAGACAUCAAAGUAAUGCUCCUAGCUGGUUUCGCUGGUUUAGUAGCGGGUGCUUGUAGCAUGGCAAUUGGUGAGUUUGUUUCUGUUUAUACUCAAUAUGACAUUGAGAUAGCUCAGAUAAAAAGAGAAAGAGAAGCUAAUAAUAAUAACAAUGAUGAUGAAAGUAGUGAAAGGGAGAAAUUGCCAAAUCCAUUUCAAGCAGCCCUAGCAUCAGCACUUGCAUUUUCUAUUGGUGCAGUGAUGCCAUUGCUAGCAGCUGCAUUUAUAAAGAAUCACAAAACCAGAAUGGGUGUUGUUGCUGCUGUGGUUAGCUUUGCAUUGUUGGUGUUUGGAGGAGUUGGUGCAUUGGUUGGAAAAACUCCUUUGAUGAGGUCUUGUGUUAGAGUUCUUAUUGGAGGUUGGAUGGCUAUGGCCAUUACUUUUGGUUUCACCAAAUUGAUUGGCACCACUGGACUUUGAUCACUUUAAUAGUGUUAUCGUUUUAUUUCAUGAUAAAUGUUAGUCCUUAGUUGUUAUUUUUGUUUGUGGGAAAAUUGAACUCGUGACCUUCUUAUCAUGUUACUCCUUCAAACCACCAUAUGACGUUAUUACUCCGACCCCUGUAAUAUUAUUGAUCAGAACUGUCUUUGUUUUUCUUUACUGAAUUUAAUUUGUGUUUGUCGUGGCUACUUUGUGCAAUAUUAUAUCCAAGGUUUUUAUGUUA